AUGUCGCAAGACUACUCCUUCAAGCACUUCGCCGUGCAGUUCCCAGCCGAUCAUCCCUAUGUUGCACACGUCGAGAUCAAUCGCCCGGACAAGAUGAAUGCCUUCUUCGAAGCCAUGUGGCUCGAAAUGAAACAAGUCUUCGAGAAGCUGUCCGAGGACAGCAAUGUCCGCGCAAUCGUUCUCAGCGGCGCUGGCAAGGCUUUCACGGCCGGCCUAGAUGUCAAAGCUGCAUCAAGCGGCCCUCUCUUCUCAGAGAACAAGCUCGACCCCGCACGCGCAGCAACUCUCAUGCGCCGCCACAUCACCGAGUUCCAAGACUGCAUCACAGCUGUCGAGCGCUGUGAGAAACCCGUCGUAGUCGCUAUGCACGGCUUCGCGCUCGGUCUCGCUAUCGAUCUAUCCACAGCUGCCGAUGUGCGUAUCUGCUCUCGAGACGUCAAGUUCGCCGUGAAGGAAGUCGAUAUUGGUCUAGCAGCAGACAUCGGUACUCUCAGCCGACUACCCAAGGUAGUGAGCAACUUUGGAUGGGUGAAGGAGGUUGCACUCUCAGCCCGGGUAUUCGGCGCCGAGGAAGCUCUUCGUGUUGGCUUCGUGAACUCGGUCCACGAGGACCGUCAGGCGACUAUCGCAGCAGGUCUCAAGCUCGCUGGUUUGAUUGCGAGCAAGAGUCCCGUCGCAGUACAAGGCACCAAAGAGAUCUUGAACUGGUCGCGCGACCAUUCUGUUCAGGAUGGUCUGCGCUACACAAGCGUGUGGAAUGGCGCCGCUCUCCAGACAAAGGAUGUCACCGCGGCCCUUUUAUCCGGAUUGCAGAAGCGUACGCCUACAUUUGAGAAACUGUAA